CCGUUAAGAUUUUAGAGUUUCCGCUUCAUAUAGUUGGGGCGGUCGUGGUGGUUGCGUCGUUAUAUAAUAGUUUCAGAAAUUCCCCUUAAAUGCAACUGUCGCGCAUGACAUAGCUGGAGGUUACUUGUGAAAAUUAUCCGCUUAUGGGUGACGGGUUUCUCCGAAUGUCAGCGUAACCCGACAGCGUUGUUCUGUGGCCCGACGUCAAGAUAUAAUCGUGUGCUGUUUGCACGUAAAGGAAACAAGUGUCGCAGUGUAACAUUCGAUAACGACGGAGUCGGUUUCGCCCUAAAUUGCGCUCUCCCGUCAGGGCGCCACCGAAGAGCAGCGUCGGCCCGCAGGUGACAAGAGCGGUCUCGGCCGGGACACUUCACAAAUUUUCGUCGUCGGAGGGACCCUUGUGACCGACGACAAGCGCGGACGGGUGACCUUGGCGGCAGCGUUUCGCGAUCAGCUGCAGCGAUGAUGGAGGUGCGCGAACGUCGCGGCGCGUCCGCAUCGGCGGCGGCCGCGGUUUCGGGCAGCGGCGGAGUCGUCGUACUCCGACGAGGAGCGGCCACUACGGCGGCGCCCGAACUCGAGGGCUUCCUUGACGGCGCUUGCUUGGACGAAGACGAGUCGUCGCUCGCGCCACCCGGCACCCCCGCCGAAGACGAGGAGGAACAAGGCGUAGACGAGGAGCUGUCGCUGCCGGCGCGCGCCGCCGAGCAGGCCGAGCACCUGGUGCGCAAGGUGCUCGAGGAGGCCGAACAGGCCGAGCAGCUAGUGCGCAAGGUGUGGGAGGAGGCCUGGAAGGUGUGCCACUUCAGCUCGCUGCCGCAGUGGCUGCAGGACAACGACUUCCUCCACCGGGGUCACAGGCCGCCGCUGCCGUCGUUCUCGGCCUGCUUCCGCUCCAUCUUCCGCAUCCACACCGAGACGGGCAACAUUUGGACGCACUUGCUGGGCUGCCUGGCGUUCGUCGGCAUGGCCACAUAUUUCCUCACGCGGCCCUCGGCCGAGAUCCAGUGGCAGGAGAAGGUGGUGUUCGCCAGCUUCUUCGCCGGGGCGAUCAUGUGCAUGGGCAUGUCGUUCACCUUCCACACCGUCAGCUGCCACUCGGAGAAAGUGGGCAAGCUGUUCAGCAAACUCGACUACUGCGGCAUCGCGCUGCUCAUCAUCGGCUCGUUCGUGCCAUGGCUAUACUACGGCUUCUACUGCGACACGCAGCCCAAGCUCAUCUACCUGACCGUGGUCGUGGUGCUGGGCAUCGCGGCCGUUGUGGUCUCGCUGUGGGACAAGUUUGGCGAGCCGCGCUACCGGCCGCUGCGGGCCGGCGUCUUCACGGGCUUCGGGCUGAGCGGCGUGGUGCCCGCGCUGCACUACCUGAUCGCCGAGGGCUUCCUCAGCGCCGUGUACGAGGCCUCCUUCGGCUGGCUCUGCCUCAUGGGCGCGCUGUACAUCGCGGGCGCCCUCUUCUACGCGCUGCGCGUGCCCGAGCGCUGGUUCCCGGGCAAGUGCGACAUCCUGUUCCACAGCCACCAGAUCUUCCACAUCCUGGUGAUUGCCGCCGCCUUGGUCCACUACCACGGCAUCACCGAGAUGGCCAUGAAGCGGCUGACCAUGGGCGAGUGCCAGGACUGAGGGCGCGGCGCUCCUGCAUCGGUGGCGGGAAUAAAUGGAGAACGCUAGGCUUUCUUUUGCAAGCACUGUCUGGUGUCUUUAGGGAAAGUGUGGACCGCCGGGUGUGUACAAGCGAACGCAAGCAGACAGAGGCGAUCUGGGUGCGCUAUAUUGUGCAUAUGUAAAUAUUUCUUUUAUUCUA